AUGGUAAUUGCUGGUGCUGUCGAGCCGUCGCCAGAGCGCGCUGCCGCCUGGUCGGCUGUGGUCGCCAAGCCCCAGUCGGGCCCCAAAAAGUCUGGCCCGUCUGCCCCUGUUGCUGCUCCGUCCGAUCCGGCUGCUGCCGCUGUUCCCCUGGCUCCUCCUUUUGCGGCGCCAGCGUCUGUCCCUGCUGGGGUUGUUGCUGUUCCUGAUGUCUCUGUCCCUGUCGCACCUGUUGUGUUGCCUGCCGCCGACCCCGUUGCGCCGGCUCCGUCCUCUGCGUUGUCACCGCAGGCGGCGUCCGCCACCACUGGCGGCCCGGCUCCGUUGGUUGCGCCCUCUGCGGCAGUCCAGUCUGCACCUGCUGUGAUGCCGAUGGCCCCGGUGGGUCAGCCGUCGCGCCUUCCGUCGCCGGACCGCCGCCUGUCUCGCCCCCAUUCUCCCGCACUCCACCAGGAGCGCGAGUCGUCGCGGCGUCGGCGCGAUUCUCCCCGGCGCUAUCAUCAACAGUCCCAGUGGCCUGCUCACACCGGCGGUCGUGGUGGCUGGAGGGGUCCCCGCGGACGCGGAGGUGGUGGGGCGUACCGCCCGCCCGUGACGAUGGCGGAUCUUCAGUGGGAAGUGUCGAAAGCAGUGCGCGAGGAGAGGGCCGCACAGUGCCAGAGCAGUUCGAUGCACGCCUCGCCAGCCCACGCGGCUCCACGUCAGGCUGCGCUCCCCUCGGAUCCACUGCCUGCUGCUGCACCCCCUCCGCAGGUUCUAGCCCCAUCGCUUCCUGCUCCCGCUGCCUUGGCACCUGCUCCUGGAGCGCGCCUUCGUCUGCCGUCGGUUCCGCCUGUGGCGGGAUUGGAAUUUGUGGCCGCAGGAGGAGGAGCGGCGGGGGCUCGGUAUUCUCCUCACGUCGCUGGUGGAUCGGCGUUUCUUGCUGCCGAUGAGCCGUUUCAUUUCCUGGCGGAGGCACUUCAGCCUCCUCAGACACGUGUUCCUGAGGCGACGCUCGGCCAGCUCUCCCGCCUCGCGGAGAGCCUUCAUGCGCUGCUGUUGAUUCAGGUGCUUGCUCAUGCGUCUCUCCCCGCAAUUCCCGUAGAGACGUUUCAUGACCGUCCGCGUGAGACGUGCUUGGAUGCCGCGGACCAGCUCGCACUGCUCCUGGGGCCCGUGUUGGCUGCGCCCGCAGAGGGUGGCGCUGCGGCUGUGGGACAGCUUGACGAGGCUGUCCGGGGUUUGAGGCGACACUUGCGCGCAGAUUCUGGAGCUGGCACAAGCACGCUUGUGGUCCGGGAGCUGUGGCGGACGUUGACGGGCGUUCUUCACGCCCUUGGAGCUCAUCGCAUGUAG